CAAAUAUAAUAGUGGACACUGAAAUAGAAACAAAAAAAUAUUUUAUCCGAAAAGGAUUGAACAACAAAUACUGCAAUUCCUUCAUCUGGGCAGAAAAUGGAACCGCCUUACAAUGGAAUUGACGAUAAAAAAGAAGUUAGGAACAACGUUGGUGAAAUUGUGACAGAAGCCAAUAUAGUAGAAAGAACAGCUGAAUGGGGUUUAAAAGUGAAAUCAAAUGUUGGAGAAGGUAGUAGUUUUCAUGUUAUAGGAGGAGGAAGUUCUUCUUCGGUUUUAGUCGACAACACGAUUAGUUCGUCGGGAAGAAUGUCUGAUGAUUCCGAUGUUGGGACCGGAUUAGGAGUUCCUCGAGCUUCGCAGGAACUGAAAGAUGCUUUGUCUACUCUUCAACAAACGUUUGUAGUUUCUGAUGCUACUAAACCUGAUUGUCCUAUUGUUUAUGCAAGUAGUGGCUUUUUUACUAUGACCGGUUAUUCUUCUAAGGAAAUUGUGGGUAAAAAUUGCCGAUUUCUGCAAGGGGCUGAGACGGAUCAGAAGGAGGUGGAGAAAAUUCGCGACGCCGUAAAGAACGGAAAAAGCUACUGUGGGAGAUUACUUAACUUCAAGAAGAAUGGAACUCCUUUUUGGAACCUUCUUACCGUUACUCCGAUCAAGGAUAACACUGGCAAGACCAUCAAAUUUAUCGGAAUGCAGGUUGAGGUCAGUAAAUAUACAGAAGGCGCAGUUGAUAAAGCAUUACGACCUAAUGGUCUUCCCAAAUCACUUAUUCGUUAUGAUGCUCGUCAGAAGGAGGAGGCUUUAGGAUCAAUUAUAGAAGUGGUUCAAACUGUAAAAGAUCCUAAAUCCUAUAUGCAGUCUCUAAAGAACAAGAAUGAGAAACCUGAAGAGCUGAAAGAGUUCACUAUUAAUGGUUCUCCUCCUCCUCAAGUAGCUGAAAAUUGGAUAAUCAAAACACCUUCUAGAGACAGUCCUCUUUGGGAUCCCAAAAACUCUUUAUCUCGUUCAAGUUUACAAGAAUUUGGUAAAAAAUCUAGAAAAUCAAAUCCAGCUUCCAUAAUGAGGUUAAAAGGAAAAUCUCUUAGCCAUUAUGGAGGAAAAAGUGAAAACAUACCAGUUGUUGAGUCGGAGAUUUUAAUGACAGAUGUUGUGGAACGAACCGAUAGCUUAGACCGUGCUCCAAGAGAAAGAGAUAUACGCCAAGGAAUUGAUUUGGCAACCACGUUGGAAAGGAUUGAGAAAAACUUUGUCAUAACUGAUCCUAGACUUCCUGAUAAUCCAAUUAUUUUUGCUUCUGAUAGCUUUCUUGAGUUAACAGAAUACACCCGCGAAGAGAUCUUAGGAAGAAACUGUCGAUUUCUUCAAGGACCUGAAACUGAUCAAGCGAUUGUUUCAAAGAUUAGAGAUGCUGUCAUACAACAAACGGAUAUUACAGUUCAAUUGAUCAACUACACUAAGAGUGGAAAGAAAUUCUGGAAUCUCUUUCACUUGCAGCCUAUGCGUGAUCAGAAGGGAGAACUUCAAUACUUCAUUGGUGUUCAGUUGGAUGGAAGUGAUCAUGUUGAGCCAUUGAGAAACCGUCUCUCAGAACAGACAGAGCUACAGAGCGCCAAGAUAGUCAAAGCUACUGCAGAAAAUGUCGACGAGGCUGUUAGAGAACUUCCCGAUGCCAACUUGAGACCUGAAGAUUUGUGGGCUAUUCAUUCUAAGCCUGUUUAUCCAAGACCUCACAAAAAGGACAAUGCUUGCUGGUCAGCUAUUCAAAAGGUUAAGGGUGAAAAAAUUGGAUUAAAUCAUUUCAAACCCAUCAAACCAUUGGGAUACGGAGAUACGGGCAGUGUUCAUUUGGUGGAACUAAGAGGUACUGGUGAACUUUUUGCUAUGAAGGCAAUGGAUAAAUCUAUGAUGUUGAAUCGAAAUAAGGUUCAUCGGGCAUGCAUUGAAAGGGAAAUAAUUUCGCUACUGGAUCAUCCUUUUCUCCCUACUCUAUAUACAUCUUUUCAGACAUCUACACAUGUGUGUUUGAUCACGGAUUUUUUUCCGGGUGGAGAGUUAUUUGCAUUGCUUGACAAACAACCUAUGAAAAUGCUAAAAGAAGAAUCUGCUAGGUUUUAUGCAGCAGAGGUUGUCAUUGGCUUAGAAUAUCUUCAUUGCUUGGGAAUUAUUUACCGGGAUUUGAAGCCUGAGAAUAUUCUACUUCAAAGGGAUGGCCAUAUCGUGUUAGCUGAUUUCGACUUAUCAUACAUGACAUUGUCUAAACCCCAAAUUAUAAGGACUUCUGGUACAUCAUCGGGUAGGAGAAAGUCGAGGAAUGAACCGCCACCAAUAUUUGUUGCAGAACCGGAUUCACAAUCGAAUUCAUUUGUGGGAACGGAAGAAUACAUUGCUCCGGAGACCAUUACUGGAAGUGGGCAUAGUAGUGCUGUUGAUUGGUGGGCACUUGGGAUAUUUCUAUAUGAGAUGCUUUAUGGAAGAACACCAUUCAGAGGGAAGAACAGGCAGAAGACAUUUGCUAACAUCUUGAAUAAAGAUCUCACCUUUCCAACUAGCAUUCCUGUAAGUCUUGGAGCCAGACACUUGAUAAAUUCAUUGUUGAAUAGAGAUCCAGCCAGUCGGUUAGGAUCUAGUACCGGUUCUAAUGAAAUCAAACAACACCCUUUCUUUCACGGAAUUAGUUGGCCGCUCAUUCGCUGCAUGGAGCCGCCACCGUUGGAUGUUCCACUUCAGUUAAUUGAUAAUGAUCCUAAUGCUAAAGAUAUACAAUGGGAAGAUGAUGGAGUUCUUAUUCAUCCUAUGGAGUUUUAAUUUCUAGAUAUCCUAAGAAGCAAUUAAUGAACUGUUUUGUUGUAUUCUUUCCUUUGCAGACAUGUUUUUCCUGAUCUACAUUACAAAAUGAAUAGGAAAAUGGAGGAAAGAAUGAAGAACCAAUUUUAUUUAUCAUAA